AUGCUGGCCGCCGCACUGACAUUUGGACAACUUGCAGUCGCCGAGCUACAGCCUCAAUGGGUUCAUUACGAUAGAGAUGGGAUAUACAUUGCGGAAAACCUGUUCAGCCCCCAAAGCAACACCUCUACCUAUUACACUUCGGGUCGUCGUCCAGCGAUUGUGGUUGGACAUCCUCACGGCGGUGUCAAAGAACAGACUUCAGGUUUGUUUGCGAGCCAGAUAGCCGAGGGCACCAGCUUCAUAACUUUAGACUUCGACGCAGCCUAUCAAGUUGACAGCGGCGGGCUCCCUCGAUAUCUCGAAGACCCCUAUCAGCGUGCCAACGAUACUCUUGACUCAGUGGACCCUAACCGCAUUGGAGUGCUCGGUAUUUGCGCCUCGGGCUGGUAUGUCCCAUUUACGGCUCAGACUGAUGAGCGCAUGAAAGCUGUUGCCACCGUUAGCGGUAUUGACCUUGGUACCUUGAACUCUGAGGGUUUCGGUAGCUUCAACGGCCCCAUGCUGCCUAAUAUCCGGACCCAACUCGCCGAAGCCAAUCGGCAGCAUCUGGCCGAGGCAAGAGGCGUACCACCAAAUCUGACCCGCAUCUUCCCGAACACCGCCGCCGAUGUUAUGCCACAACUGCCUGUCUUCUACCAGAAAAGCUACGAUUACUAUCAGACCCCGCGGGGUCACGUCAACGCAGCACCCAACUGGCACUUGUGGCGUAGUCUCGAAAUGCUUGCCACCUAUCGCAGCUAUACGUACAUGGACCUCAUCUCACCACGGCCUCUACUGAUGAUUGCUGGCUCGGACGCGGACACAUUGUAUAUGAGUCAGAGGGCAAUUGAUAUAGCUGAGGAGCCCAACGAACUAUUCCUCGUUCUGGGAAUGAUACACACAGAUCUUUAUGAUCAUAACGAUUUGAGCCUACCCAAGUUAUUGGAAUUCUUCACCAUACAUCUCUAA